GCAUCCGGUCGCCCGAUCAACCCGCGUCUGUUUGUGCGGCGCUGAACCAUGAACAAGGGGCAUGCUUCCCACCCCUGGCACGACCUAGAAAUUGGCAGCGAUGCGCCUCAUCUGUUGAACGCCGUGAUUGAGAUCCCGCGCGGCUCCAAAGUCAAAUACGAGCUGGACAAGAAGUCGGGCCUGCUGUAUGUGGACCGCGUGCUCUACUCCUCGGUAGUGUACCCGCACAAUUAUGGGUUCAUCCCGCGUACCUACUGCCCGGACCACGACCCGCUAGAUGUGCUGGUGCUGAUGCAGGAGCCGGUGGUGCCCUUUUCCUUCCUGCGCUGCCGCCCCAUUGGCGUCAUGCAGAUGGUGGACCAGGGGGAGCAGGACGACAAGAUCAUUGCGGUGCACGCCGACGACCCCGAGUUCAAGGACUUUGAGGACAUCAGCCAGCUGCCGCAGCACCGCCUGGCCGAGAUCCGGCGCUUUUUCGAGGACUACAAGAAGAAUGAGAACAAGGAGGUGGUGGUAGAGCAAUUCCAGGGCUGCACGCAAGCAAAGGAAAUCAUCCAGCAGGCCAUCGACUCGUACACCGACUUGUUUGUGCCCAAGCGACAGAGGUAGCGACAGCGGUGGCAGAAGUGACGACCGCUCCGCGCCAGUUGUUUGAUAGCAAUCCUGGGAGUUGCUGGCUUUUGCGUUGGCCCAGCAGAAACCUACUGCAUGAUGUAAUGAGGAGGACACAAAA